GGCUCAAAUUGGCAGAAACUGAAGAAACACCAUCGAAGAGGAAGGCUGAAUCGAGAGAAAGCGGGGAGAAGAUGGGAGGAGGAAUGGAGACGAACAAGAACAAGUUCAUAGAGGAUUGGGGAUCCGCCAGGGAGAAUCUCGAGCAUAACUUCCGCUGGACACGUCGCAACUUCGCUCUCAUCGGAAUCUUCGGCAUCGUUCUCCCCAUCCUCGUCUACAAGGGCAUCGUCAAAGAUUUCCACAUGCAAGACGAAGAUGCAGGCAGACCGCAUAGAAAGUUCCUAUGAGAAUAAAACAAGGAACAUCUGAAGGAUUAUAAUUUGUGUUUCAAAAAGUUCUUCAUUUUAAACAUUUUGCAUUAUUGUUGCCUAAUGAACAAACGUUAGUUUGCCAAUU